AUGGCGCGCCUCAAGCGCCAGCCCAAGCGCGGCGGGUCGGCCCACCCCGGCAUCGCCGCCUUCAUCGCCCAGGUCCAAGCCGUCCCUCAGCACGAGCUGCCCGCGCUCCUCGAGCCCCUCGUCGCCGCCGGGUGGACCUGGCCCCGCACCGACCUGCAGCACUGGAUCCACCCGCUGAACCGGUUCGACGACAUCCUCGAGCAAGUCAUCAGCGACUACGACCUCGCCACGAUGGAGCACGGCCAGACCAACACGUUCACGCCGCGCACCAAGGAGCUCUUGCUCGCCGUCCUCUGCUUCGAGAAGCUCCUCCUCGAGAACUCGACCAACCGCAAGAUCUUUAACGGGUUCGACCGCCUCAACGACCUCCUCCACACGACCGACCUCGACGUCCUCCUCGCCACCCUCCGCCUCGCGCUCCGCCCCGCCCAGCAGUACUCGAGCUUCAACUCGUCCCUGUCGAGCAUCCCCUACAUCGAGCGCCGCCUCCUCAGCCUCGCCCAGCCCUGGGGCACGCGCGAGCACGGCAUCGAGAUGGUCGACCUCGCGUCCGACGAGGGCCUUGAGGUCCCGCUCGAGCUCCUCGAGCCCGAGUGGCAGUUCUACCGCAAGGCCGACAAGGCGGCGGCGCCCUCGGCGCCGAGUGCGCCUCCCGCGCCCUCGGUCCUGUCGACGCCGGGGCCCCCGCACGAGGGCCUCACGUCGGUCCACCUGCCCAACUUUCGCGCGGCGCCCGAGACGAGCGUCAUCGACUCGCUCGUCGACCUGUCGUCGGCGCACGACGUCCCCGAGGGCGACCGCCUCGACCUCCUCCAGAAGCUGCGCAUCACCCAGGCCCUCGCCGCACCCGACGCGGCGACGCGCCAGGAGCUCCUCGCCGUGCGACUCCUCGCGCUCGCCGUCUACUCGCACGCCCAGCCGGAGCACAACGCCCAGCUCAAGGUGUUCCUGUUCGAGCCCGAGCUCAUCUCCCAGCUCGCCGAGCUCAUCCACCCGGAGCGCGACGUCCCGAUGGAGGUCAAGAGCGCGGCCCUGUACGCGCUCGAGGCGUUCGCGCGGUACAAGGGCAAGACGGCCGAGGUCGCGAGCGCCCUGAACGCGAGCGUCAGCCACGGCGUCCUCAUGGAGGCGGUGCGCAAGAUGUCGGCAGACCUCGACUCGGACACGCCCGAAUCCUCGCCCGAGUUCGUCGACGCCCUGUUCAACCUCCUCACCUACAUCAACAUGCACCAGGCCGUCGGCAACAUGGUCAUCGGCGCCGGCCUCGUCAGCAUCCUGCUCGACUUUGUCAAGAACUCGCGCGACGGUGCGCUCCAGCUCACGGCGGCCAACAAGGCCGUCGUCCUCCUCGACGGCUUCCUGUACGGCUACACGACGGCGUUCACGGCCUACAUGAGCGCCGGCGGCCUCGGCGACUUCAUCGAGCGCAUCAAGUACGAGGUCACGUCGGCGAUCGAGCAGAAGAGCGACGAGGCGGCCAAGCUCGAGUGGACCGUCAAGGAGAACACGAUGGGCCUCCUGUCGUUCCAGCGGGCGUCGAUGCUCAAAAACAUCCUGCGCGCGAUGCAGCGCCUCAUGACGACGGCCGGCACGACCGAGGGCCUGCGCAACUUGAUCGACACGCCGCUCCUCGCCGCCGUCAAGCAGGUCAUCGAGCACCGCCUCAUCUUUGGCCCUCAAGUGUUCGCGAUCGUGACCAACAUCGCCGCAACGUUCGUGCACAACGAGCCAACGUCGCUCGCGACGCUCCAGGAGGCCAAGGUCCCCGACGCGUUCUACGACUCGCUCGCGCAGGGCGGCGGCAUCCCGGCGUCCAACGACGUCCUCCAGGCCAUCCCGAACGCGAUCGGCGCCUUCUGCCUCAACCAGGCCGGCCUCGCCCAGUUCGCCGAGCGCGACCUCGUCCCGACCUACUUCCGCAUCUUCACGUCCCCCAGCCACUUCGAGCUCCUGCGCGACCGCGACUCGGCCGUCGUCAUCGGUACCGCCAUCGACGAGCUCGUGCGGCACCACCCGACGCUGCGCGACGAGGUCAUGAAGGCGAUGAUGCAGGUCUUCGAGGACAUCAAGGCCUGGGGCGCCAAGUUCGUCCCGCCCGAGGGCGAGCAGGGCUACACGCUCCUCCCGGCGGCGGCGGCGGCGGCGGCGGCGGCAGCUCCCGGCGUCGACGAGGGCAAGGGCAAGCAGAGGGAGACGGAGCCGGACGCGGCGGCAGCGAGUGCCUCGGACAAGGACAAGAAGAAGGAGGACGAGUUCAAGGACAACGAGGUGACCAACGCCAUCGACGUCUAUGGCCGGUUUCUCGAGGGCCUGUUCCAGAACCUCGGCCACACGACCGACUUCCUCGGCAACUCGACGCGCGCGUUCGACCUCAUCCUCGACCUCCUCGAGCUGCCGUGCUGCCCGGCCAUCAUGCUCAAGAACAGCGGGUACAGCUCGGUCGUCGCAAUCUUCCGCAUCGCGUCCGAGAUCAAGGCGCCCGAGGCGCUCGCCGCCAUCCUCAAGCGCACCGACAAGUGGCUCGACGAGACGCGCUGGUUCUGGGACACGCCGUCCGAGGGCGUCGCGCGCGAGUCGACGCUCGGCGUCAUGGUCAACCCGUCGCCCGACGACCUCGCCGCGCAGCAGGCGCGGUUCCGCGCCCUCACGACCCUCCUCACGCACAUCUCGCUCCUGUCGGACGUGUACAUCAACCUCACGUACGUCCAUGGCAAGGCGGCGACCGCCAUCCUGAGCGUCUUUGCCCCGCCGGCGCCCGUCGUCCAGCAGGAGCUCCUCGAGCGCAUCGGCCGCGUGUACCGCGCGUGCCAGUGGGAAAACGUCACGAUCCGCCCGACGACGUUCUGGACGGGCGAGGCGAGCAAGAGCGCGACCGACGAGGUCGUCAAGGCGGCCGACGCCCAGGGCGAGGCGCCGACGCCGGCCGUCGCCGCAGCGCGCGAGCACCAGCUCGAGCAGGCGGCCGACAAGGCGGCUGUCGACGCCAUCUCGACGCCGGCGACGCCCGACUCGCCCAACAUCAAGCUCGUGCAAGACGUUAUCCAGUCGUUCACCAAGUCGACGACGCCGCUCAUCCAGUCGAUCGUGAAGCUCCUCGUGCACCGCCGCAGCUCGGACGCCGCCCACCGCAAGGUCGCUCGCGUCGUCGGCAGCAAGCUCGCGCGCUUCCUGCGCGACAGCUGCGUGUGGCCCGACGCCAAGGACCUGUCGGCCAACCUCGCCUACUCGGCGCAGAGCUUCGUCUUCCUCACCAAGAUCCUGUUCGACGAGCGGCCCAACUACAUCGGCCUCCAGACGUACCUCCUGCGCGCGUUCGUCGCGUGCGGCGGUCUCGACGCCUACCUCGGCCUGUUCACCAAGCUCCAGGCCGUCGCGACCGACUACUUUGCGUCGUCCGAGGACGCCAACGCGGCGUCGCCGAUGAUCAUCCCGGUCUUUGGCGGCCUCAAGACGGCGCUCGAGCUCCUCAGCAAGCUCACGUCGCAGAAGACGCUCCUCGAGGCGCCCCAGACGGCGCUCCUCGUCACGCGCGAGAAGGACCCGGCCAACGCCGACUUCUUCAACGCGCACGAGUUCCUCGUCCGCCUCCGGGCCGCCGUCCUCCCGACGCUGCGCGAGGCGUGGAACCAGCCCUGGCUCCGCAAGUGCCCGCAGCCCGUCGUUCGCAGCCUCGUCGCGACCCUCAUCAACGUGAUCAAGGCCGAGGGCGAGGUGUCGACCGAGCCGCCGGCUCGCGCCGAGGCGGGACCCGGCGCCCCCGCCGGCACGCCGCCCGCCGCUCCCGCCCUCGACGAGACGCGCGUGUCGCAGCUCAUGGACAUGGGCUUCCCGCGCGGCGCGUGCGAGACGGCCCUGCGUCGGUGCCGCAACAACGUCGCGCUCGCGACCGAGUACCUGCUCCAGCACCCGGACCUCGUCGGCGCCGCUCGCGACGAGGAGGCUCGCCAGCCAGCAGACGCCGCACCGGCGCCCGCCGCCGAUGCUGCCGCCGUCGCCGACGAUGGUCCUGCGCAAGCCGACGCGCCGGCACCGGCCGCUCCCGCAGAGGAGGCGCCGGCGGCCCCAGUCGACGGCGCGCCCGCCGGCGAGGAACCUGCGCCGCCUCAAGCAGACGUCGAGAUGAACGAGGCCGCAACGGCCGCUCCUGAAGAGCCAGUCGCUGCCGCCGAGCCCGAGGAGCUCGCCGUCGCGCCCAUCGACGACGUCCGCAAGGAGCUCGACGCGACCCGCAAGGAGCUCAAGCCCGACUUCAUGGCUCGCGCCCUCGAGCUCGCCGAGGACUAUGGCGACCUCGUCUUCGACAUCAAGUCGAUCUUCGGCCUGCUCAACCCUCGCGAGGACGGCGACAGCUCGACGGCGCCGCUCAAGUCUGUCCUCGCCGACCUCGCGACCCGCCUCGAGGCGCCCGGCGACGCCAAGACCGAGGCCGCGGCGGCAGCUCGCCUUCGUCUCGUCGCCCUCGUCUCGACCGACCCGGCCUACCGCGAGAGCAUCGAGCCGCACCGCGAGGAGAUCAUGUCGGCCGUCAUCAAGUGCCAGCAGCUCUACUCGCAGCAGUCGCCGGCCAAGGACGCCCGCCCCAAGUGGCUCGCGCCCCUCAUGCUCGUCGCCGACUCGCUCGUCUCGAUCCAGGACGUGCCCAAGCCGACGACCAUCCUCCCCGACGGCGAGGACGUGCCCGUCGUCGAGCUCGUCGCGCAGGGUCCGGCGUGGGACACCGAGCGGCGUGCCCUGUUCAACCUCGCCAUGGACGUCCUCGACAAGGGCGUGUCGACGCGCGAGAUGUUCAUCUCGAUGGCGCGCCUGCUCCUCGUCCUCACGCGCGACCACGAGCUCGCGAGCGAGUUCGUCCGCCGCGACGGCCUCAAGACGCUCUUCGCCGCGUUCGCCACCGACUCGCCCGAGACCAAGGGCUGUCACUCGUACGCCGUCAUGAUCCUGCGUCACAUCGUCGAGGACAAGGCCAUCCUGCGGCCCAUGAUCGAGCGCGAGAUCGAGAUCUGGUUCGGCAACAGCCGCUCCAAGCUUGCCGACAUCACCGGCUUCAUCCGCGGCGCGAGUUCCGCCGCGUUCCGCGACGUCGAGACGUUCCUCGAGGCCGCCAAGUCGACGAUCAAGCUCGUGCAGGCCGACGCGCCGCACCACUACCACGUCACGCUCAUCAAGGACCCGGCCGCGUCGCGCAAGGCUCACGGCGACGCGGCCAUGGGCGACGCCGCCGCGCCGAGCAAGGUCGCGCCGCCGCACAAGGCCAUCACGCCUGCGCCCGUCGUCACCGAGUCGACGGUCCACUUCCUCAUGCAGCAGGUGCUCGACACGGCCAAGGCGGCGCUCGCGCCCAUCCCUGUCCCGACCGCCUCGGCCACGCCCAGCGGAGCCUCGACUGCUGCCGAGCCACCCGCCGCCUCGACCGCCGACGCCGCGAGCGGGAGCCCGGCACCCGUCGACGUCGCGACCAAGAAGGACGGCAAGGACGCGCACAUCCCGGCCGACGUGCCGCUCGGCGACUUUUUCCAGUCGGCGUUCUCGCUCGCGUGCCUCGCCGAGCUCGUCGCGUCGUACAACCCGUGCAAGUCGGCGUUCCUCACGUUCUCGACGCGCAAGGGCGGCAGCAAGGAGGCGGUCGCGGCGCGGUCCCGGUCGUCGUUCCUGUACUUCCUCCUCAACGACCUCGUCCCCUCGUCGACGCUCGUCCCGUCGCUCGAUUUCGACUCGAAGCGGGCGUCGUCGAUGUGGGGCUGGGCGUCGCUCGUCGUCGUCGGGCUGUGCUACGACGCGACGGCCGCGUCGCUCGGCACGUCGGCCGCCGACAAGGACUCGGUCGCCGACAUCACGAGCGUGCGCAAGGCCGUCCUCGACGCCGUCGCGCGCGCGUACCGCGACGCCAUGGCGUCCAACGAGCCGACCGAGACGCGGUACACGCGCCUCGCGUGCCUGUCGGACCUGUGCCACCGCCUCUUGACGGCUCGCCCGUUCCCGCACGUCGGCCGCCCGCACUCGGAGACGUCGAUGCAGCUCGCCAAGCUCAUGCUCGAGAAGAACUUUGCCGUCAUCCUCACCAACGCGCUCGCCGAGGUUGACCUCAACUUCCCGCACGUCAACUCGCUCAUCAACGCCAUCCUGCGCCCUCUCGAGAACCUCACCAAGGUCGUCACCAAGCUCGGCCGCGCCAAGGGCGCCACCGGUGCCGGCGGGCGCAAGCGCCCCGUCGACGACGACGCGUCGAGCGAUGCGUCGUCCGUGAGCGAGUCGGGCGACAGCGCCGACGACGCGUCCGAGGCGGCUGCCGAGCAGGACCAAGCCGCCGCCGACCUGUACCGCAACUCGGCGCUCGGCAUGUACGAGGGCGAGCUCGAGACGGGCCACGGCGGUCACGGCGCCGGCGACGAGUUCAUGAGCGAGGACGAGGAGGACUUUGACGACGACGACGAGAUGAUGGACGACAUGGAGGACGGCUUCGGCUCUGGGAGCGACAUCUCGGACGCCUCAGACCUCGACGACGACGACGACGACGAUGGCAACCUCGACGACGCCGACAUGCAGGAGAUGGACGACGACCACGGCGACGACGGCGACCUGUCGACCGACGACUCGCAGGCCGACCAGCUCGAGGCCGGCGACGUCGAGGAGGAGAUCUCGAUCGACGGCGCGUCCGACGCCGACGAAGAAGAGCUCCUCGAGGCGUUCGACGAGGCGUUCGAGGACGAGUUCGACGGCGAGGAGGAGGAGUGGGUCGACGAGGACGAGGACGCGCUCGCGCUCGACGGCGGUGCGGGCGCAGCCGAGGGCGACGAGAUGGUGUUCGAGGGCGAGGACGUCGAGGAGAUGGACGACGAGGCCAACGUCGACGGCGGCGGCGACAGCGACGGCGGCUUCACCGACGAGGAGGACGCGUACGGCUGGGACCCGGUCACCGGCGGCGAGGGCGGCUCGAACCGCCGCAACCGCCACAUGGCCGAGGAGAUGAUGGCGCUCGGCGACGCCGGCAUGUUCGACCGCCCGCGCAACACGAGCACGGCGGCGCCGCACCCGUUGCUCGUCGAGGGCCCGCCUCCCGACGCUCGCCUCGAAACGGCCGCACGUCGUCCUCGCGGCAACAACGCCACCUCGCGCGACUCGCCGGCGUACCAAGAGUGGGUGCGCUCGGUCGAGCAGAUGCUCGGGCCCGGCGGCGUCAACACGCUGCAGGAGCUCCAGCCCGGCCCCGACGGCGGCAUGGCCGUCGUCAUCGACCCGACGCCGGGCCUGCGCGCCGCCGCUCAGCAGCCGCCGCCGCACGCCCACCACGACUCGUCGGCCCGUCACGGCGCGAGCGCGCCCACGUCUCGCUCGGUCGCUCGCCAGCUCUCGGACCGCAUCAACGCCGCCUCGGCGUUCCUGCCCGUCCAGACCAACCAGCGGUGGCAAGAAGAAGGCCGCAUCCUCCAGGGCUGUGUCCUCGUCGCCGAGCGCGUCGCUCGCCUCACCAACCACGUCAUCAACGUCCUGCACGGGCCGGCGCGCGAGGAGGCCAAGGCCGAGCGCAAGAAGACCGACGAGCGCCGCAAGAAGCAGGAGGACGAGGCGCGCAAGGCCGAGGAGGCCGCCAAGAAGGAGAAGGAGGAGAACGAGCAGAAGGAGGCCGAGCGCUCGAGGGCCGAGGAGGAGGAGCGGCAGGCGGUCGAGCCGGCGCCCCAGCUCGAGCCCGAGCAGCAGGAGGCCUCGAUGGAGGUCGACUCGACUGCCGGCGACGACGUGCCGGACGACGUCGCCGAGGUCAUGAACCUCGCCCGCUCGCUCGCGGCCGGCCUCGCCGUCCCUUCCACCUCGGGCUCGACGCCGGUUCGUCAGCCGACGCCCUCGUCGAGCGCUCCCGCUCCCGCACCUGCACCAGCCGCCGCGCCGGCCGCCACGACGAGUGCGGGCGACGUCGCUAUGGACGCAGAGCCGAGCGGCUCGGGUGACGCCGCCGCCGCCGCCGAGUCGCCCGAGCGCGUCACGGUCCUCGUCCACGGCGAGGAGGUCGACAUCACCGACACGGGCAUCGACCGCGAGUUCCUCGAGGCGCUCCCGGACGACAUGCGCGACGAGGUCAUCCGCCAGCACCUGCGCGAGUCGCGCAUCCGCUCGAUGGGCCCGCCGCCCGCCGUCCCCGAGCACAUCAACGCCGAGUUCCUCGACGCCCUCCCGCUCGACCUGCGCAUGGAGGUCCUUCGCCAAGAAGCCGCCGAGCAGCGCCGCCAGCAGCAGGCCGCCGCGCCCGCCGCCGCCGCCGCCGCCGGUCAGCCGCAGCCGCCCGCCAACGAGGACGCCGCGCCCGCCGCCGACAUGGACCCGGGCUCGUUUCUCGCCACGCUCGACCCGGCGCUGCGCUCUGCCGUCCUCUCGGCUGAAGAGGGCGGCCUCGGCAUGGGCGGCGGGCUCGCAGGGGGCCUUCUCGGCAACGCCGGCGCGCUCCUCGGCGCUCGCGCACCUCGAGGCGCCCCGGCCGCCGGUCGUCGCGCAGGAGCCGGUGCGGCUGGAGCCGCUCGCGGCGCCGCGGCGCCAGCCGAGGCCGGCGCGUCGGGCUCGGGCGCGGCCAAGAAGGCGACGCCGCCGCGCGAGGUCAUCCAGCUCCUCGACAAGUCGGGCCUGGCGACGCUCGUCCGCCUCCUGUUCUUCCCUCAGCCGCUCCGCAAGAACGCGCUGCAGAAGGUCCUCGUCAACCUGUGCGAGAACGCUCGCACGCGCGUCGAGCUCAUCAACCUCCUCCUCACCAUCCUUCACGACGGCACGCGCGACGUCUCGGCGGUCGACAAGAGCUUCUCGCAAAUGUCGCUGCGCGCAAGCCGCGCCGUCGUGCCCAAGGACACGCCCAAGCGCAAGGUGCCCGACACGCCCGGCGCCGCGCUCCCGCACUUCCCCGGCGAGAGCGUGCCGAACCUCAUCGCGCAGCGCUGCCUCGAGGCGCUCCUGUCGCUCGUUAGCGGCAACGACCAGGCGCCCCUCUUCUUCCUCACCGAGCAGGAGGUCCAGGUCAACAAGCGCGGCGCCAAGAAGGGCAAGGGCAAGGAGAAGGCUCAGCCCUCGACGACGUACCCGAUCAUCGUCCUGCUCAGCCUCCUCGAGCGCCCCGCCAUGCUCAAGACGGCCGGCAUGAUGGACGCCGUCACGGCCCUCCUGACGCACAUCACGCGCGCCCUCACGGUCAUCCCCAAGCCGCCCGUCGUCGCCCCCGCCACCUCGCCUGCGUCAGCUCCUCCGAGCGCAGACGCUGCCGGCGCCGCCCCUGUCGCCGUCUCGGACGCCGCAUCGACCGCCGCCGAGGCCGUCACGGGCGAGAUCGAGCGCAAGGACGAGGGCAAGGACGCCGAGGCCAAGGAGACGAGCGGCAAGCCCGAAGCCGUCCUCGUCAGCUCGCCGCCGCAGAUCCCUGCCGCAAGCCUGCGCCUCGUCGUCAACGUGCUCGACGCCGGCGAGUGCUCGAGCCGCACCUUCUCGUCGACGCUCGGCAUCAUCCAGCACCUGUCGCACCUCAACGGCGGCCGCGAGACGAUCCUCGACGAGCUCAAGAGUCGCGCCGAGAAGAUCUCGAACGAGAUCACGCCCGACCUCGUCGAGUUGUCGGACAAGAUCGCCCAGGACGAGCCCGUCUCGAGCGCCAUGUUGGGCAAGCUCACGCCCGCCUCGUCGAGCCAGGCCAAGCUCCUGCGCAUCCUCAAAACGAUCGACUUUUUCGGCACGCCCAAGAAGACGGCGACGCAGGCCUCGGGCGUGCCGGCGUCCAAGACGCUCUCGCCCGAGGAGGAGCAGGUCAAGGCCAUCUACUCGUCGCUCGCCGUCUCGGACCUGUGGAAGCGCCUCGGCGACACGCUCGGCGGCAUCGAGGCCAAGCCCGACCUGCUGUACCUGUCGACCGUCCUCCUGCCCCUCAUCGAGUCGCUCCUCGUCGUCAACAAGUUCACCGACGCGACCUCGACCGAGUUCAUCGAGUUCACAACGGCGCACAGCAAGAUUCUCAACACGAUGGUCCGCAACAACCCGUCGCUCAUGUCGGGCUCGUUCGCCGUCCUCGUGCGCAACUCGAGCAUGCUCGACUUUGAGAACAAGCGCUCGUUCUUCUUCUCGCGUCUGCACGACCGCGCCCAAAGGACCAAGGCGCACUACCCGGCCGUCAACCUCAAUAUUCGUCGGGCCCACGUCUUCGAGGACUCGUUCUCCGUCUUCCAGCGCAAGUCGGGCGAGGACAUCAAGUACGGCAAGCUCAACGUCAAGUUCUACGGCGAGGAGGGCGUCGACGCGGGCGGUGUCACGAGGGAAUGGUUUGGCGCUCUCGCACGUCGCAUGUUCAACCCGGACUAUGCGCUCUUCCAGCCGCAAGCUGCCGACUCGCUCACGUACCAGCCGAACAAGUCGUCGGCCAUCAACGAGUACCACCUGCACUACUUCCGGUUCGUCGGGCGCAUCAUCGGCAAGGCGAUCCACGAUCAGCGCAUCCUCGAGGCCUACUUCUCUCGCUCCGUCUACAAGCACAUGCUCGGCAAGCCCAUCGACCACCGCGACCUCGAGUCGAUCGACCCCGAGUACUACAAGUCGCUUGUGUGGAUGCUCGAGAACGACAUUGACGGCGUCCUCGACCUCACGUUCUCGACCGAGCGCGACGAGUUUGGCGUCGUCGAGACGAUCGACCUCGUGCCGAACGGCCGCAACGUCGCCGUCACGAACGAGAACAAGGCCGACUACGUGCGCCGCAUCGCCGACCAGCGCCUCUCGAUCGAGAUCAAGGACCAGAUGAAGGCCAUGCUCGAGGGCCUGUACGAGAUCGUCCCCAAGGAGCUCUUGCAGAUCUUUUCCGAGCGCGAGGUCGAGCUCCUCAUCAGCGGCCUCCCCGACGUCGACGUUGACGACUGGAGGGCUCACUGCGACCUCGUCGGCUACUCGCCCUCGGACCCGGUCAUCGGGUACCUGUGGCGCAGCAUCCGCAGCUUCUCGCAGGAGGAGCGAGCCAAGCUCCUCCAGUUCGUCACUGGCUCGAGUCGGGUGCCGCUCGAAGGCUUCAAGGCGCUCCAGGGCAUGCACGGCGUCACACGCUUCAACAUUCACAAAGCCGGGGCGAAUGACAGUCUGCCUUCCGCCCACACGUGCUUCAACCAGCUCGACUUGCCCUCGGGCUACGAGAGCUACGAGCAGUUCCGCCAGAAGCUCUUGCUCGCCAUCACCGAGGGCGGACAAGGGUUCGGGUUCGCGUGA